GCGCGAUGACACCUCGACGCGGGAGGGAACGCGCGCUCCACGCAGAAUUAAGAGCGGCAGCAUAGGCUCAGAUGAAAACGCGUAUUAAUAUUUACAUUUCGCCAAUAAUUCAUGGAAACGUGUUUACUUUAUUAUUUUAUUUUUUCCGCCGCACACAUCAGUGCGUAUCAGCCUGUACCGACACUGCCUCCCGCGGCGCUCAUCAGCUCUCACCGCAGUGUGUGGAACCGAAGCCCACGGCCUGUCGCCGAAGAAUAGCGCUCGUUAAAUAUUCAUCCUCCAUUCCCAGUGGCACACUUUUCCUCCCCGCUGAGCGACCCCUGUUGCUUUUGAGCCUCUCCGCACACAGUUGGGAAAGCCGUGCGUAACCAGGACACGGAAACAUGUGACGGGGAAUUGUUGCACUGCAACUUUCCCGUAUUCGGCCCGCAGUCCAGGAGGAUGGAGGCACGAGACUACAGAGCCCUGGUGACGAGCGCCUUCAGAGGCCGGGUGUGCCGGAGGACAGGAAUCUACAUGGGGACCAGAUUUAGGCAGAGUAAACCCGCUUUGGCCAGGUGGACCUGUCCUCACACAGCUACUGAACCUGCACAUAGCACCGGCAGAAAGUCAACCAGGCAUAUCUAAAGCAGGAAUUCAGGAAGGCUAACACCAUUGCGAACUGCAGACAGGAAAUGGUACACUCCUAGCUUUUUGUCAAAAUGGCCGGCAAGAAAGACGCCAAGAAGGACGCAAAGAAGGCAAAGGCUGAAGCCGAGAAAAAGAAGGAGGAGGAAAAGAAGGCGAAAGAUGAUAAAAAGGGAGGAAAAGAUGACAAGAAAGGUGGAAAGGAUGAUAAAAAGAGCGGGAAAGAUGAUAAGAAAGGAGGAAAGGAUGAUAAGAAAGGAGGAAAGAAGGGAAAAGAGGAGCCACCCAAGGGGAAAGAUGAUGGAAAGAAAGGAAAAGACAAGGGGAAAGGUAAGAAAGUCGAGUCUGAGGAGGAAGAGGAUGAACUUUUGAGUGGUGAGGAAGAGGAAGAAGAGUUUAGUGAAGGAGAUGAAGACGAGGACUACUCAGAAGAUGACAGGAGAGGAAAGGGACGAGGAGGCAAAGGUGCUAAGGGAAAGAAAGGGGGGAAGUCUAGACGUGGAGACGAGUCUGAAGAAGAUGACGAGGAGGAUGAAGAUGAAGAUGAGGAGGAUGAGGAGGAUGAUUAUGGCAAAUCCAAAAAGAAAGCUAAAGGAGGGAAAUCUGAUGUAGAUGCAAAAAAGAAAAAAGCCAAAAAGAAAGAAGAACCUCCACCCGGGCCAACACGGGAAAUUCCAAGAAAAGGACUGAAAAACAUGUCGAGGAUGUUCAUGAAGUUUUCUGGCUUCAAAAGACGCAGGAACAGCAGAAAGAAGCUAAAAAGCACAUCGCGUUUGUUCCUAGGGUUAGGGAGGAGAAAGACCCGGCUUGCUAAGAAGAAACGUCGAAAGUCCAUGCUAAAGAACACGUCUCGAUUCAUGAUGAGAUUUAAGGCCAGCAAAAAGAGAAAAAAGGAGAAGGAGGCAGCAGCAAAUAGUGGAAAUAAGCCAACUUAUAUGCUGCUUCGUCUCGGAGGGAAUAAGUCAAGUGAGAAGAAGGGGGGCUUCUUCAAAGGCCUAUUUAAAAAAAAGGCGGGUGAUGGGCCCAGCGACGGCUUCAAGCUUCGAAGCGUGUUGCUAGGUAAAGUUGCAGCAGCAACUAACUGGCUAACCAAUCGUUUUCUGUCUACUAAGAUACGAGGGAAUUCGGGACGUAGAGGAUACAGAAGACAAGGCAAAGGUUAUCCCCGAGGUUACCUAAACGAUGGUUAUGAGGAAGAGAUGGAGGCUCUUGGAUACGGUCAGCGGCGUUCAUUGCAUCAGAAAGGCUACCAAGGCUAUGGCGAUGGUUAUGGGGAUCAUGGGCAGUUUGGCUACUACGACAAUGGCGGAGGGGAAGGAGACUAUCAAGACUUUGGGUACUAUGAAGAUGAAAGACUCUAUGAUUCAAAUGGCGAAUAUUAUGAAGGUGGAUUUUACGAUGAGGGCAUGGGGGACUACUAUAACCAUUAUUCCUCCGCUCUAGGUCACAGCCAGGAAGCAGAUUAUUAUGGCUACCAGCAACAAGCCAUGUAUGGUGAUGAGGGUCUGGACUAUUAUGCCAUAAUGGGUGAAGACCAAAUGUACGGAGGAGAGAUGGAUGGAUUCCUUGAGCCUCAGGCUUACUAUGAUGAAAAUGGUCAACUUGUUUACUGUGAUGAUGCACAAGGAGGUGGAUACUAUGAUGGACAGGCAGGAUAUUACGACGACCCGUACGCAGCAACCAUGGGAAUGCAAGGGGGAUUUCCAACAGACUAUCAACUCAGCUAUGGUGAUAGUAGCGUGCCCUACAAUGACUUCAGCUCACAGCUGGCCACUGGAUUCCUACAACCAGGACAACAGGCUUUUGGUUUUGGAGGGCAAGGGAUGAGUCAGGUACAGGGUCUCUAUGGGGACCAGUACACGGGUCAGUCAGAUCAAUAUGCAGAUGAUGCUGGUGUAGUUCAGGGAGGAGAAAUGACAUUCAGAGUGCCUAGACCUCAAGUUCGCCUGUUUGGAAAGGAGCGUCUAGAUGUGCCCCUGCCCCCUCCACCAACCUUGCCGCCAGAUCCAGAAUUUGAAGAUAUGUCAGAAAUCCAGUAUGAAGACCAGGUUCUUCUUGUACCUGGUCAGUCCAGUGGCAUUAUGUCACCCCAACAGCAUAUGAUGGCACCACAACAACAAAUGAGGAUGUCACCUCAACAGCAAAUAAUGUCACCUUCUCAGCAAAUGAUGAUGUCACCCCAACAACAAAUGAUGAUGUCACCCCAACAACAAAUGAUGUCAGCACAAGAACAAAUGGUGAUGUCUCCCCAUCAACAACUGCUGACACCACAACAACAAAUGAUGUCAGCACAAGAACAAAUGAUGAUGUCUACACAUCAACAAAUGCUGACACCACAACAACAAAUGAUAUCAGCCCAUGAACCAAUGAUGAUGCCCCCACAGACAGUGUCACCACAGCAGCAGAUGAUGUCACCACAGCAGCAGAUGAUGUCACCACAGCAGCAGAUGAUGUCACCACAGCAACAGAUGAUGUUACAAGAAAUGAAUAUGUCUCCAGUUAUGUCAUCAGAGCAAUUAAUGAUGUUGCAACAAGAACAAAGUCUGUCUCCCCAAAUGAUCCCAACACAAAUUAUGUCACCAGAGCAGCAGAUGAUGGUCUCUCAGCAACAGAUGAUGCCCCAGCAGAUAAUGUCACACCAGGAUAUGUUGACAGAACAAAUGAUGUCACCACAAGAGCAGAUAAUGUCACAGCAAAUUAUGUUGCCCCAGCAACAGGUGAUGUCACCACAAAUGAUUACUCCACAGCAGCAGAUGAUGACAGACCCCAUGAUGAUGCCACAGCAGCAGGGUUAUGGCCCACCGUUAAUCCCCACUCCCACUGCUAUGAUUAUCAAGCAAGCAAAUAUGUCUCCCCUUCCUGCUCGACGGCUUCAGCCCUCUCCCACUCCUUCCCGGCGCUCUGUCAUCAUUCCCUCCCCACAGAUGCAACGCCAUCCUUCUGCCAUGACUUCCCCAGUGCCUUCUCCUAUGCUUCCCCGAAGAAUAAGCCCUUCCCCACAAGCAUCCAUGAGAGGUGGCUUCAUGAAUGCCCAUAGACCCCCUUCUGUAGUGUCAAGAAGGAUCUCGCCACCUUCCUCCCCACAGGCAUCUCCCCUUGCCCCUCGUCGAAUGCAAUCUCAUAGGUCACCGUCUCCUGUGGCUCGCAGACCAUCACCUCCUCAGUCUCCUCGUGCCUCAAUGAUGAGACAAAGUCGUCCAACGUCACCAAGAAUAUCAAUGAGGCAGCAUUCUCCACCUCCCUCACCUCGUUCUUCAAUGAGGAGACGAAGUCCUCCACCCUCACCACCUCCUGCUCGUAGCCAAUUUGGAGGCAGAAAGAUGCAUGGUUCACCCUCCCCACCCCUAUCCCCUGAUCAUGCAUCUGUAACUCUCUCUCCACAGCUUAGUAGAAGACCAUCUCCUUCUCCCUCUAUGUCUCAUCGCAGUUUUUCUCCUGCAGGGCCCCGUCCUGCCCAAUCAUCCCCAACCCUUUCUCGUCGCUCAACUAGGCUAAUCAGGGACCCCACCCCAUUGGCCAGGCCUAGGAUGGGCGGAAAUGUUCCUUUAGGUACAGUCAGACCCUCCCCUAUGGGGCUUAGAGGGCGUCCAGUUCCACCACCCACCCAGAAUGUGCGUCCAUUUCGUGCCUCUUCCAUAAGAAGCAAUAGGUCUUCAGUUCUCACCGUGGAUUCCUCCCUGCAUUCUUCCCCGUUCCACUCCCCUCACAUGGUCCACCGUGCCCCACUGGGAAGGAGAGAAUCUGGCCGAUUUCCUCCUCGGCCUAUAGCUCGAGGACGUCCCCUUAUGGCUCGGCAGUCUGUAAGAAGUAUGCCUCGUGCCUCUCCUUCUCCUUCCCUUAAACACAUGUCUCGUUCUGCAUCCCCGCGUCUCUCUCCUCGACUUUCUCGUCCAUCCUCCACCAUCCUUUUCCCCGAAGCUGCCCAUCCGCCCACAUUUCCCCCUGAAACCUUUGCACCCUAUGCUGAUGGCUAUAAUGAGGAGAUUCUUCAGGACAGCCCUUCAUCUCCUCUGCUUCCCGGGGCUUUACAGAAUGAAGCUUUGCGAGGUGCAUCCUAUGUUUCUCCCCUACAAAGACCAGCAUCACCUUAUGAGCAGCCAAUGGCCCCUUCCUCUCCAGUAUUGUCUAGAGCAAUGCAAAAUCAAGCAGUGAGAGAAGCAUCGUACGUUUCUCCUCUUCAAAGACCUCAGUCCCCAUAUCCUGCAUCUGUACCUUCCAGUCCAAUGCUCCCUGGAGCCAUGAGACAUGGUCAGGCACUUAGAGGUGUUGCUUCUUAUCAGACACCACAGCUCCGUUCACCAUAUGGACCAACUGUUGUCACCUCAUAUGAUUACAUCUCUGAGCCUGGCCCAGCACCCCUGCUCCACGAUGCCUUACAGCACCGGUCUGAUUUGCAGGACGUCUCGUCUUUAAGAUCUCCAUUGAUGCAACGCCGUAGCCCAUAUGUAACAGCUGGACCUCAACUCCACAGUGCAUUACAACAGAGCCCAAACCUCCGCCACGCAUCUUAUCAGACACCCAUGCAACUGAGACGGUCCCCAUAUAGGCACUCUGCUCCAAUGUUGGGAAAUGCCCUUCAAAAUUCACAGAUGAUGCAGGCAUCAUACCGGUUGCCUGAUGGGACCCUGGUAUCACCAUAUGCAGAUUCACGGUCCUCCCCACUGCUUGGUCAUGCUUUGCAAAACCAACAAGUACGUGGAGCCACAUACACCUUGCCCGAUGGGUCAGUUAUCAGGGACCCUCGUAUUCCCCUGUCUCCUAACCUUUCCAGAGCUCUUCAGAAUCAGGAUGUCAAGGCUGCUUCAUAUACUCUUCCUGAUGGCACCAUUGUUGACCCCAGACAACGACAACCAAUUUCUCCAAACCUGGCUAAGGCUUUGAACAACCCUGCUCUGCGUGAAGCUUCCUACACACUGCCCAAUGGUACCAUUGUGAUUGAACCCAAAAAACCAAAGUCUCCAAACCUGACUGCCGCACUUCAGAACCCUUACCUAAAAAGCGCAUCAUAUACCCUGCCUGAUGGCACUAUUGUCAUUGACCCAUGGAGGCCCACCUCUCCGAACCUGUCCAGUGCCCUACAAAACUCUGCCCUACGGAGCGCUUCUUUCACGCUGCCGGAUGGGGUUCAUGACCCGAAUAUACCGAUGUCACCAAACCUGGCCAAGGCCCUCAAUAACCCAGCCCUGAAAGGAGCUACGUACACCCUCCCAGAUGGAACUAUUAUAGUUGACCCCAGGAAACCAAAGAGCCCUACCUUGGCAGCUGCCCUGCAGAACCCUUAUCUACGGGGUGUGUCCUACACCCUGCCCGAUGGAACCAUCAUCAUUGACCCAAGGAAACCAGUUGGACCUGAACUAUCGAAAGCCCUUUUAAAUCAAAACCUUCGUCAUGCAACCUAUCACCUCCCUGAUGGCUCUCUGGUCAUCCCCGGCCAGAAGCCCAAUCUUUCAUCUGCUCUGAGGCGAAACACAGCACUUCGUUCAGCAGAUCUCUAUCACCUGUCAGAUGGCUCUGUGCUGUCAGGUGUGCCCAAACCGUCCCCUCCCAACGUUUCCUCUGCGCUGCAAAAUGAGGACCUCCGUGGUGUCACUUACAGGCUUCCUGACGGGUCUCUUCUUACUCGUCGGUUCCACAACCCAAGCCUGUCUGAUGCCAUCCAAAACCAGCAUCUUCGAUACGCCUCGUACAGGGUGCCAACCGCUCUGCAGGGUCAAGAUUACCGCUACGCUGUGGUUCCUCCCUAUGGGCCACGCUCAGGCCACUGGGCCAGGAAUGCUCGGGGGGGCGCGGAGGGAGGAGAGGACAUCUGGGCAGCCGAGAGGGUUUUGCCUCAUGGAACCAUCCAGCAUUUGGCAAAAUGGUCGAUGUACAAGGAAGACGGGAUGCUGGAAGGAUAUUCACCUACACCGCGGUUCGUCGACGGGCAUCCUCAAGACCCUGGAUGGAGUCCUGAGAGAGACAGAGUACCUGGUCAAAGCUGGUAUGAUAAGAUCUACUCAAUCCUAACCAUGCCCACAACGAGCCACAGGGUAAAGCGCUGGGCCGAAGGAAUGGAGGACAUGACACAGCUGCCUGAGCUGAAUGAGACCACAGUGCUGAUGAACCUGAAGAAGCGCUACGACCAGGACCUCCUCUAUACCUACAUAGGCAGCAUCCUCAUGUCCGUGAACCCCUACAAGCUGCUCAACAUCUACGGCACCGACAUGGUGCUUCAGUACGAAGGCCGCAGCCUGAGCGACAACCCUCCUCAUCUCUUUGCCAUUGCUAACCUCUCAUACUCCACCAUGAUGGAUGCCAAAAGGGACCAGUGUAUUGUGAUCAGUGGAGAAAGCGGGUCAGGAAAGACCGAAGCUACAAAACUGAUCCUGCGUUACCUGACAGCCAUACAUCACAAACGCAACGUGACACAACAGAUAGAGAUCCUGGAGGCCACGCCGCUGUUGGAGUCUUUUGGGAAUGCCAAAACAGUUAGAAACGACAACUCCUCACGCUUUGGCAAAUACACGCAGAUCUUCAUGGAGGAGGGUGUAAUCAGCGGUGCCAUAACGUCUCAGUACCUGCUGGAGAAGUCCCGCAUUGUAUUUCAGGCCAAAUCGGAGCGCAACUACCACAUCUUCUACGAGAUGCUGGCAGGUCUUCCUCCUCAGGAGAAGCGCUCGUUGUACCUGCAGGAAGCUGAGACUUAUUAUUAUCUGAAUCAGGGAGGGGACUGCACCAUAGCGGGGAAGGAUGAUGGGGAGGACUUCAGCCGUCUGCUCAGUGCCAUGGACAUCCUGUGUUUCAGCUCAGAGGAGCAGUACGGCAUCUACAGGCUGCUGUCGUCCGUGCUCCACCUCGGGAACGUCUACUUCCAGCCGCACCAGGCUGAAGGUCAGGAGGUGGCGUCCGUAGUCAGCGCGCAGGAGAUCCGGGUGGUGGCGGAGCUGCUGCAAGUGUCGCCCGAAGGCCUGCAGAAGUCUGUCACCUUUAAACUGACGGACACGGUGCGGGAGAAGAUCUACACUCCGCUCACUGUGGAGAGUGCUGUGGAUGCCAGAGAUGCUGUUGCCAAGAUCCUGUACUCGCUGCUGUUUAGUUGGCUGACAGAGCGCAUCAACGGGCGCGUCUACCCUCGCGGCGAAGCCCUCUCCAUCUCCAUACUGGACAUUUAUGGAUUUGAGGAUCUACAGGUGAACAGUUUCGAGCAGCUGUGCAUCAACUACGCCAAUGAGACCUUGCAGGCUUUCUUUAUCAAGGUCAUCUUCCAGGAGGAGCAGGAGGAGUACAUGCGAGAGCAGCUGGAGUGGCAGCAGCAGCCCUUCAGCCACAACCAGGCCUGUCUCGACCUCAUCGCCGCGAAACCGCACGGGAUCCUGCGCGUCCUGGACGACCAGUGCAGCUUCCCUCAGGCAACAGACCACACCUUCCUUCAGAAGUGCCACUAUCACCAUGGAAACAACCCGCUGUAUGCCAGGCCAAAGAUGCCACUGCCAGAGUUCACUGUGAAACACUACGCUGGGAGGGUCACCUACCAGGUGCACAAGUUCUUGGAUAAGAACUUCGACAUGGUUCGCCAGGAUGUUCUGGACCUCUUCAUCCAGAGCAAGAACAGGAUGGUAUCCAGCCUCUUCUUGAAGUACUCAGAGUCUGUGUCCCAGCAGCGGUCUAAUGUUCGGCGCGGCAGCGGGACUCGUCGUUAUCAGGCCAACACCGUCAGCGCCAAGUUCCAGAGCAGCCUGCAGGAGCUGCUGGAGAAGAUGGAACGGUGUAACCCUUACUUUGUGCGAUGCUUCAAGCCAAACAACCGGAAGGAGCCGGGGUUGUUUGACAUGGAGCUGGUCAACACUCAGCUGCAUUACUCGGGCAUCAUGGACACUGUCCACAUCAGGAAGGAGGGAUACCCGACCAGACUGCACUUUCACAGCUUCCUCUCAAGGUAUAAAGGCCUGCUGUGUUUGAAGGAUGCUCCUCCUGCAGACGGGGAGAGCUGCGUCCUCAUGCUCCACAAGCUCGGUCCGGUCAAGGCCGGUUCGUACCAGCUGGGCGUCAGCAAGAUCUUCCUGAAGGAGGACUUGUACCAGCUGCUGGAGGGGAAGCGCGACCGCCUGCUCAACGUCGCCGCCAUCACGCUGCAGAGAUUCACGCGCAUGUGCUUCGUCCGGAAGAACUUCAUGAAGUUCCGGCGGCGCGUGAUUGGGUUUGAAAGCCGCUGCAGAGGCUUCCUGGCCAGGAGAAAGUUCGCCCGGAGGAGGAAGUACCUCAUUAGGUUCCGCUCUGCGGUGCUGCUCAUCGUGAACCGGCAGCGUUACAUGAGGACAGUGGUGGAGCCUGCGAGGAAGGCGGAGGAGGAUCGCAUCAACAGGGAGGUGGUGAACGUGACCACGCUGCCCAUCCCCGCUGAGCUGGCAGCGCUGCUGCAGGCGGCCUCAGGUGGUGUGGAGCUGCACUCUGACUGCAUGGCUGUGGUCCAGGCUCCCAAGGUUCAGGUCGACCCCCAGUUGACUCUGCCGCUGGACAUCAACAACUACCUCAUGACGCACUACAUCCGAGCCAUGUUCAGGGAGCCGCUGUUUGGGAUGGUGACCGCCCCGUUGGAGAGUUCUCUGAUCCGACUGGACGACGAGCUCAAACGCGGAGCCCUGAGUGUUUUCAUUCUGAUUUUAAGGUUCAUGGGGGAUCCCAACCUGAAUGGAGCUCAGGAGAACCUCUUUGGCAACUACAUCAUCCAGAGAGGACUCUCGAACCCCAGCCUCCGGGAUGAGAUCCUGGUCCAGGUGGCCAAUCAGGUUUGGAGAAACCCAAAUAUAUUGAAUUCGGAGCGAGGCUGGCUCCUGCUCUCCUCCUGCCUCUCUGCCUUCCUGCCGUCUCAAAGACUGGCCAAGUAUCUGCUGAAGUUUGUCUCUGACUACGGGCCGGACGGGUACAGCUUCGUGUGCCAGCAUCACCUGCUCCAGGCCCUGCAGCAGCUGGACGCGGGGCCCGAGCACGGGCGCACGUACCCGCCCUGCCUCCUGGAGUGGACCGCGCACCGCAAGAGGGCGCUCACCGUGCUGCACAUCCACUGCCUGGACGGUGUGUCCUUCCUGUGUCCUCUACACUCCUGGACGACGGGGGAAGCGAUGGCCAGAGACAUCUUACAGCACAGGGGGGUGGUGGAGGCCCGGCGGGGCUGGUCGGUGCUGCUGAAGGAGCCGGCCCAGUGGGUGGAGCUGGAGGGCUCCGAUUACGUUCUGGACCUGAUGUCGGACCUGGAGCUUCCCGCCGAUUUUCCCAAACACUGCAGCUACUUCAUCAUCUCCGCGCAGGAACCGAGCCGAGUGCGGCCCAAUGCCAGCAUAAGCCUGUUGGGUGGCGGCUUCGACAAGAAGGAUGAUGUCAUAUCUUCAGCCGGACCUGGACCUGAUGGAUUCUCCAGCCACGACCUCGAGCCUCCAAGAGGGAUGGAUCGUUAUCUGGACAGCUUGUUUGAUCCUGUACUAUCCGACGGAACUGGAGACACGGAGUCCGCUUCCAGCCUGUGCGGCAGGUUGAAGGGCGCCGGGGGCGUGGGGGGAGGCUGGCACCAGCCGGGGCAGCCCGCCGGCCCGCCGCCGCCGCCGGGAGCUGUGAGAGUCCUCCCUGUGGGAGGCGUGAUGGCGCCUCCUGUUGCUGCGGUGGCACCUGUAACAACUGAUGCCCAGCAGGCUGUUUUGUCCCAGCAGCAGCAGGCGAUCGUGAACCAGCAGGCCGUCAUCAUGGCUCAGCAGAUGACCAGGCAGGCUAUGGCCAUGGCCGGCAGCCCGGCGACCAGCCCCCCCACCUCCCCAGUCACCAGUCCUCCCAUGAGCCCCCUGCUGCAGCACCCGCCCAGCCCCUACGCUGUCGUGCCCCCCAGCCCCUACGCCAACUUCACCCCCACCCCCUAUGCUGGAGCGAGCGUCCCCCUCAGCCCCUACGCGCCGGCCGCUCACCGGGACCCCCGUCGUGACCUCACAUCCCAGCCGGGCCCGCGGACCGGCCCGGCUGCACAGGUGCAGCCGGGGAAGGACAGCGCUCCUCGGAGGAAGGCUCCAGGCGCCCCCUCUCACACAGACAAACCAGCCAGGACGUUGGCGCCAGCGCUGUCCUCUCCACUGCCCCCUGCUGGAGAGGUGGUGAAGUACUCGUCUCAGGCUUCAGAUCACGUGGUUCCCAGCCAUGGCGUCCAAGAUAUCAUCAGGAGGUACAACUCCCCGCCUCCACCACCGGGGCCGCUGCCGCCGGGCAAGAGGAGGCCAGAGGGGAAGUUCAGGAAGAAGCAAACCGCACGCGAUGAGGCUUUGCAAAUCCUCAAACCGCAGAUGGACAACCCUCCCGCUCCACAGCCCAGAAGUCCCGCUCCGUCACCGUCUGCGUCUGGAGUGAGAGACGUGACCUUUGAACCCUCCAAGGCUCCAAAGACGCGACCCUCGGCUCGCCCCCCCCCUCCACCUCCUCCAGUUUCCCGCGAGCUCCCGGUGGAGACGGAAAGCAUCCAGACGCAGCUCCACCAGAGUGCCAGCGAGGAGCACUACACCUACACCAACGUUCCCUGGAGGCUGUACCUGCGGAAGGAGGUGUUUUAUCCCAAAGACAGCUUCAACCACCCUCUGGUGCUGGACCUCAUCUUCAAACAGAUCGUGAAUGACACGCUGUCAGAGGCGUGUGUUCGCAUCACCCGCGAUGAAAGGCAGAAAAUGAAAGCUCUGUUCGCGAAGCACGGCGUCGAACAGAAUGUGGAUCCGGUGGAGGAGCACGUGAAGAAGACCGUGGUGACGGCCGCCAGAGAGACCUGGGAAAUUUACUUCUCCCGCCUGUUCCCGGCCUCGGGGAGUGUAGGAACAGGUGUGCAGGUGUUGUCCGUGUCCCACAGCGGCAUCAAGCUGCUGAAGACUGUGAAAAGCAGCGCUGCAGCUCCAGACUACUUCAGAGUCCUGCGUCCGUACACCUUCGCUGACAUCUUGUUCGUGACCAUCCCAUCUGAAAACAUGUUGGAAUUCAAUCUGACCCACGAGAAGCUGAUCCUGUUCUCGGCCAAAGCACCGCAGGUCAAACACCUCAUAGACACCUUCAUCAGCGAGAUCAAGAAGGACUCAGAGUAUGUAAUUGCAGAGCGUAACUUUGUGACAGACGACCGCUCGAUGCUGACUUUCCACAAAGGUGACAUCAUCAGGCUGCAGGUCAUGGAUGGGCUGCAGAAAGGUUACAGCUACGGCUGCGUGGUGAGGAAGAAGGUGGUGUUUUUGGAGGAGCUGAAAAGAGACACGCAAGACUUUGGCUGGAAGUUCGGCGCCGUGUUCGGCCGCUCCGCCGCCUUCCCGGCCGACUGCGUGCAGCCCGUCGCUCCUCCCGACUUCCUGUCGCUGCCGCUGGAUCGCACGUCGGAGCCUCGAGGAGGAGCGGGACAGUUCGCCGUGUCCUCGGCCGUGGCCGUCGCCGUGGCCUCCACCAUGGCCGCGCACGAGAUAGAUCAGACGAUAGAGAACAUCUCCCUGGAUGCCUUCGCGGAUGGAGAUCUGGACGAGAGGGACCUGCUGGACAGUAAAUAUGACAUGUUGGAGUUUGCUAGGAAGCACUUCAGACAGCCCAGUGGGAAGGGAGACUCCCUGAAGAGCAGAAACAGGAGUCGCGACUCCCGGGAGCCCAGUGAGAUGAUCAAAUUCUCCAAGACUCCGCUGUCCGAGUCGCUGAUAGAGUUCACGGAUCCGGCCAUGAACAGAGUGGCAACCGAUCUCUUCCUGUCUGUGAUGCGUUUCAUGGGUGAUGCUCCAUUAAAGGGACUGACAGAACAGGAAGUGGUUAGCAAUUUCCUCAAGCUUAUAGGGGAGUUCACCUUGAUGAAGGAUGAGGCUUACUGCCAGCUCCUCAAACAGCUUACUGCUAACACCAGCUCCAAACCUGAUAGCUGCCAACGAGGCUGGAGGCUGCUCUACAUCCUCACCGCUUCCCAUCGCUGCUCUGAGGUGCUCAAGCCUUUCCUGCUCAAGUACCUGCAGCAGUCCUUUCGCAGCGGCGGGGCUCAGUAUCAGGGCAUCGCCAAGGCGUGCGAGCAGAACCUGAAGCAGACGUUCCGGCACGGAGGCCGCGGCGUUCCACCCAACGGCAUGGAGCUGAAGGCUGUGAUGGCGGGACGGAGUUCCAAACGUCAGCUGUUCCUCUUCCCUGGAGGCAUCGAGCGUCACGUGAAAAUCAAAACAUGCACCGUGGCCCUGGAGGUGAUCGAGGAACUGUGCUACGAGAUGGGCUUGCACAAACUGGAGGCCGUGGAGGAAUACGCCAUCUUUUUAGUCACCAACAGAGGUCAGAAUGUGCGUCCCCUCAACAAACACGAGUACAUCCUGGACGUGGCCACAGAGGCUGAGGUAGUGGACUCGGACUACAGCUUCUGGGUCAGACGGGUCGUCUGGACUCAGCCGCUCAAGUUUGACAAUGAGCUCUGUGUUGCCAUGCACUUUAAUCAGAUCCUGCCGGACUAUCGUAAAGGGCUGCUGAAUGUUCUCCCACAUGGUAAAGUGAGCGAUCAACAGUUCCACCAGAUCUCCAAACUGGCAGCUUUGCAGCACAGAGCCAGAGAUAUCAUCUUCAUCCCCAGCAUACACGAACUAUCGGAGUACAUCGCCGCUCCGCUCUUCAAAAAGCAGCCUCCCCAGCAGUGGGUUACCAUGGUGACGCAGCACAUGCAGCAGGUGCAGUCCCUGAACCCGCACCAGGCCAGGGCCCAGUUUCUGGGACUGGUCAGUUCAUUCCCCAUGUUCGGCUCCUCCUUCUUCUACAUCCACAGCAGCAGCUCCACCACCUUCUACGCCCCCUGUAUCGUUGCUGUCAGUCAACACGGUCUUCACUUCCUGCACAAAACGACACACGAGCUGAUGGCGGUGAUCCCCCUGGCGGAGGUGCAGUCCAGCCGCACCCAGAGGCCCACUGCAGGCGCCAGCUACCCCUAUGUGGACCUCACUGUAGGGGACAUGAACACACAGCGGGUCAUUCAGCUGCAGCUGGAGCAGGGCCUGGAGCUGUGUCGAGUCAUCGCGAUGCAGGUGGAGAACAUGAUGUCUCUACGGGAGAAAAGGCUCACCCUGCCACCCAGCGAAAUCACCAUGCUGUGACACGCUGGUGCACACUCUUAGCUUUAUUCACACGUGGCCUAACUCUUCUUUCUUUCAGGUGGUUAUUAUGUGACGACAUAAGUGCAUAUUUUCAAACCAUGAUAAAUGCACUUAUUGGAGUUUUAUUACAUUUCACAUGAAAUAUGUUUAGCUGUAUAAAAGCUGUAAAUGCACAGUGAGCAAGCUUCACAGGCCUUUGCUUUGGCAUUUCUAAGUUUUAUACCUUACAUGUAAAAUGCUUUUUUAAUGUUUUUAUUACUACUGUUGGUUCAUGUUCAUGUAAACAGUUCAUUAUAUGUAAAGCAUAAACGUAUUUUGUAAAGAAUAUUUUAACAAAAUAAAGUAAUGAAUUCAAAAAUGA